AUGGCCUUAGUAAAGCGGAUCACUUCCAGAAAUAAGUCUUGCUACAUUCUCCAGGCAAAUGAACAGACAUUCCUGCUGGACUAUCCAUCAAGCAUCUGCGGAAUGUGCUUUUCCUUCCCCUCCUUUACCAAAGGGCCCAAGCCCUUGAAACUUAUUCUUCCAAAGUUUGUGGAUGACAUAGACUACAUCUUAGUCUCUAGGUCAGACUCAUUGGGCGUGCUCUUUCUUGAAAAGGACAUCCCCAUAUACAUCACGGAGCCUGUGUUUGAGCAGAUCUUGAUAAAAUAUCGCAAUCUUCUCAGGCUUUCUAUCCACUAUGAAGACGAAGAAGAACACGGUAUUUCCAUAGAAAAUGCAGACAUUGAAAGAUUCAAAAGAAAUGCCAGGUUCAUUAAAUUCAACGAAAAAUGCCAUUUCGAUGAUGUUCUGGUCACGCCAAGGCCGGCAGGAACAUUCAUCGGCUGGACAAACUAUCUGAUCGAGCUAAGCAACAGGAGAACAAUAUACUACCUCUCUUCUCUGGCAAGUAAGCCUAGGUUUUCCCAGGAACCUGGCAGCAUCUCCUCAGACUAUUUGAUCAUCAACACAGACAAGCCCCCCUCUUCCCACAACAUAGAAGAGUUUUCUGCCUACGUUAACAAUCUGGGAUUUGAUGUUGCAAUCAUUCCUUUAGAGAUGACAACAAUGCUCAUCGAGGUUCUACUCCACAUAUUGUUUGUUGCUCAAGAAAAAGGUGUGACCCCAGUAUAUAUUGUGUCCGCGGAGUUCAACCGCUUUCACACAAUCAUCAGCAUCGAGAAUGAAUGGCUGAGCAAGGUGUUCUCAUCAAUUAAAGACCCCUUUCCAGUCAGAUCAUAUAGAAGCCUCCACAUAGUGGACACAAUCGAUGAAAUAUCGGAGAUUACUGGGCCAGCAAUAGUGUUUUGUGACCCCUUGGAGUUUAGCCUUUAUCCGCAUCCCAUAUUCGAUACUCAGAAGGUUAUUUCUAUCAAUGGUGCAAUGCCGUCAGCCGAUGCCUACUACAAUCUCAAGCUCGAGCUGGACUUUAGCGAGAUUUCAUCUAUCCACACAGGUACAAUAAUAUACAACCCAAAUCCCGGUGAAUAUCUCUACAUUGAAUCUGCAUCCAGUUAUCACUAUCUCACAGUGGAUGGUAGCGAUAUCCAGGUAUAUGGAAAUGAGAUAUAUUUGAAUGGAAGGCUAAAAUUCAGUGACAAGCAUGGCUUCCGGAAGAAGAUGACAUUCAAUCAGAAAAGGUGCAAGCUGAGCGAGUUAUUCACCAGCAACACGUUUUUUUACAAUAAGGGAUCAUACUACUUUCCUCAAAAGGCCAUCAAAGUCACAAUAGAAAACAACAGAGCCACAAUGGAAAGAAUCGGCAAACAGGGCAAAUCUAAGGAGUCCUUCAAAUGA